CGAAUCUAAAGCGACACCCAAGACGACACUUCUCAUUUGUGUAUAUGUAAUGACUAACAGCCUUCCGCCAUGACAGCCGAGGAGACCAUCAACAUCAAGGAGGUGGAGAUCAUUAAGGUCGUCCUAGACUUCCUCAACUCCCGCAAGCUGCACAUCAGCAUGUUAGCCCUGGAGAAAGAAAGCGGCGUUAUAAACGGGCUCUACUCUGACGACAUGCUCUUCCUCAGACAACUUGUACUGGAUGGACAAUGGGAUGAAGUUCUCCAGUUCAUUCAGCCACUGGAGAGCAUGGAAAAGUUUGACAGAAAGAGGUUCCGUUACAUCGUCCUGAAACAGAAGUUUCUAGAAGCCCUGUGCGUGAAUAACGCUAUGUCUGCGGAGGACGAGCCUCAGCACCUGGAGUUCACCAUGCAGGAGGCUGUGAAGUGCCUUCACGCCCUGGAGGAGUUCUGUCCGUCUAAAGAGGAUUACAGCAAGCUCUGCCUGCUCCUCACCCUCCCGCGACUCACCAACCACGCCGAAUUUAAGGACUGGAACCCCAGCACGGCCCGCGUGCACUGCUUCGAAGAGGCCUGCACCAUGGUGGCGGAGUUCAUCCCGGCCGACCGGAAGCUCAGCGAGGCGGGAUUCCGGGCGAGCUCCAACCGGCUCUUCCAGCUCCUCAUCAAAGGCCUGCUGUACGAGUGCUGCGUGGAAUUCUGCCAGAGCAAAGCCACGGGAGAGGAGAUCACGGAAGGGGAGGUGCUCCUCGGGAUAGACAUGCUGUGCGGGAACGGCUGCGACGACCUGGACCUGAGCCUCCUCUCCUGGCUCCAGAACCUCUCCCCCAGCGUGUUCUCCUGCGCCUUCGAGCAGAAGAUGCUGAACAUCCACACCGACCGUCUGGUCAAGCCGGCCAAAGCCGCCUACGCCGACCUCCUCACCCCGCUCAUCAGCAAGCUCUCGCCCUACCCCGCCUCGCCCCUGCGGCGGCCGCAGUCCGCCGACACGUACAUGUCCCGGUCCCUCAACCCCGCCCUGGACGGCCUGUCCUACGGGCUCUCGGGUCAGGAGAAGCGAGCCUCAGAUCCCGGCGGGAAGGCGUCGCCCAUGUCGCACUCGUUCGCCAACUUCCACUACCCGGGCGGGCAGAACCUGAGUCGCAGUUUGAUGAUGGAGACGUCCGAGUGCCACAGCAUCUUUGAGGAGUCUCCGGAGAGCUCUAGGACCGACACUCCCACGGACAAAAUGAUGAGUUCCUCCGGCCCACAGAAGACACGCCCCGACUCCGCCCCCGGGGAGGACGCCCCUCCCCCCGGCUCGGGAGAGAAGAACGAGCUGCGGGACUCGACGGAGCAGUUUCAGGAGUAUUACAGGCAGCGUCUGCGGGUGCAGCAGCACCUGGAGCAGAAGCAGCAGCAGAGAGAGCUGUACAGACAGAUGCUGCUGGAGGGAGGGGUUCAGCAGCAGGAGAGCCCAGUCACUGCCAAACACAACCUGACGGAGACCUUCCUCAACAGGUCUAUUCAGAAGCUAGAGGAGCUGAACGUUGGAAUGGAGGAUUUGGGGGAGGAGGUGCAGGCUUUGGCCCAGCAGUGUAACGGAGGUUUAGAGAACGGGAGGGUGGCAGGGGCGCCCCCCGGUGGCACAGACUCGCCGGUGGUCAGCAGCACCCCUCAGAGAACCACAGGGGGGAAGGAGGUUCCCCCUCCCAACGAGUCUCCAGUCCUCCCUCCGAGUGUGAAGCAGGACAAAGUUAGCCCACUUGACAGCAGCACGACCCGAUCCAAAGGACCAGAGGAGGAGAAAUCCAAGACUAAGUUUGUGGCUGUCAGUACUCUGGAGGACACACAGGCAGUGCGCGCUGUGGCGUUUCACCCCACGGGGGCGCUCUUCGCGGUCGGCUCCAAUUCCAAAACACUACGAGUCUGUGCUUAUCCGGACACACUGGAUACCAGUGGCCUUGGAGCACCCAAGCCCCCGGUCAUUCGUUUUAAAAGGAAUAAACACCAUAAGGGAUCAAUAUACUGUGUUGCGUGGAGUCCCUGCGGGCAGCUCUUAGCAACCGGCUCAAACGACAAAUACGUCAAAGUGCUGCCCUUCAACGCAGACACCUGCAAUGCUACAGGUCCUGAUCUGGAGUUUAGUAUGCAUGAUGGGACGAUUCGUGACUUGGCAUUUAUGGAGGGCCCAGAGAGUGGAGGAGCCAUUUUAAUCAGCGCAGGUGCUGGAGACUGUAACAUCUACACUACUGACUGUCAGAGAGGACAGGGUCUACACGCUCUGAGUGGACACACAGGGCACAUCCUGUCUCUGUAUACCUGGGGUGGGUGGAUGAUAGCGUCUGGAUCCCAGGACAAAACGGUCCGAUUCUGGGACCUACGGGUACCCAGCUGUGUACGAGUCGUUGGCACCGCCUUCCAUGGCUCAGGUAGCCCUGUUGCCUCGGUAGCGGUGGACCCGAGUGGCCGUCUCCUGGCAACAGGCCAGGAGGACAGCGGAGUCAUGCUGUAUGACAUCAGAGGGGGCCGUAUGGUGCAGACAUACCACCCCCACUCCAGCGACGUGCGUUCAGUACGCUUUUCGCCCGGCGCUCACUACCUCCUCACCGGCUCCUACGACACCAAGGUCAAGGUCACAGACCUGCAAGGUGACCUGACGAAGCCGCUGCCGUUGACUGUAGCGGGAGAACACAGUGAUAAGGUGAUCCAGUGUAGGUGGCACACACAAGACCUGUCUUUCCUGUCCUCCUCCGCUGACCGCACCGUCACUCUCUGGACACAAAAUGUGUAG